AAACAAGCCAGUUCAAUCCUUGAUCAUUGGCAAGCUCAGCAGCCUCUGGUGAGGACCAAAAGCUCUGUCACUCCUUCUUCAUUUAGAAUGUACAGAGAGAACAAGAGUCGAGACUGCCAGAACUGAUCAUAGAGUGUGGAUUCUAGACAAUGUAGCUGCGGUGUGAUUGAAUCUAUCUACCCAAAUGUUGCUGGUCAUUGUCAUGACAAAGUUCAGAUCUUUUGCUUGAUCUCACAAAUUCCAUCUCGGCUGAUGCAUCAUUGUCACAUUUUCGUUCUUCAUCGAUCUUUUCUUGCAGGUACAUACCUGAAGAUGGCGCCCUCUAGCAAUGUGGUGUUCAUGUUGAUCCUCACGACCUUGGUUUUCAGCCAUGGUCAGGCUUCGGCCAACGGAGAGACCAUCACAGAGAAGAUACAGCAUGGGUUCACGGACGUUGGUGAAUCAGACGCUGCGCUAACCGCUACUAGAGAGAAGAUCGUCGAGGGACUGAAGACUGUCACAGAUAUGUCCGAUCAGCUGCGAGUUGCGACCCAGAAGAUCAACAUCUUCAACGCUCCUCAGCAGGGAGCGGUGAUCGCCAGCGGAUUUGCAACCAUCAUUCAGAAGGUUUCUGAGGGAAUCGUGAGGGUGGACCGAGUCACUUCAGGUCCGCUUCCGGAUGCUGAUGCCCAGCUCGUAGUGGACGCCCUGACGACAUUCGUGCAGGUCCACCAGGCGUUGCUGAAUGUGGUGAUUGGCAAGCACGGCAUUCUUACGAUGAUUCCGUUCUUCGAGCCCAUCAGAAUGUCUCUUGUGAGUCUGGAAGCUGUCAUCGACAGGUUGGCGUUCGACUUGAUUGCUCUUAUUCCUACUCAGAAAUCGUCGGCAACAAUCCAGUUCCAGAAGCUGGACGUCACGUUGAAAGACGCCGAGGACACCUACAGCUUCCCUCUUGCAUCCGCUGAAUCUGAUGCUGCUCUCACUGCCACCACAGAGAAGAUCGUCGAGGGACUGAAGACUGUCACAGAUAUGUCCGAUCAGCUCAGAGUUGCGACCCAAAAGAUCAACAUCUUCAACGCUCCUCAGCAGGGAGCGGUGAUCGCCAGCGGAUUUGCAACCAUCAUUCAGAAGGUCUCUGAGGGAAUCGUGAGGGUGGACCGAGUCACUUCAGGUCCGCUUCCGGAUGCUGAUGCCCAGCUCGUAGUGGACGCCCUGACGACAUUCGUGCAGGUCCACCAGGCGUUGCUGAAUGUGGUGAUUGGCAAGCACGGCAUUCUUACGAUGAUUCCGUUCUUCGAGCCCAUCAGAAUGUCUCUUGUGAGUCUGGAAGCUGUCAUCGACAGGUUGGCGUUCGACUUGAUUGCUCUAAUUCCUACUCAGAAAUCCUCAGCAACAAUUCAGUUCCAGAAGCUGGACGUCACGUUGAAAGACGCCGAGGACACCUACAGCUUCCCUCUUGCAUCCGCUGAAUCUGAUGCUGCUCUCACUGCCACCACAGAGAAGAUCGUCGAGGGACUGAAGACUGUCACAGAUAUGUCCGAUCAGCUCAGAGUUGCGACCCAAAAGAUCAACAUCUUCAACGCUCCUCAGCAGGGAGCGGUGAUCGCCAGCGGAUUUGCAACCAUCAUUCAGAAGGUCUCUGAGGGAAUCGUGAGGGUGGACCGAGUCACUUCAGGUCCGCUUCCGGAUGCUGAUGCCCAGCUCGUAGUGGACGCCCUGACGACAUUCGUGCAGGUCCACCAGGCGUUGCUGAAUGUGGUGAUUGGCAAGCACGGCAUUCUUACGAUGAUUCCGUUCUUCGAGCCCAUCAGAAUGUCUCUUGUGAGUCUGGAAGCUGUCAUCGACAGGUUGGCGUUCGACUUGAUUGCUCUUAUUCCUACUCAGAAAUCGUCGGCAACAAUCCAGUUCCAGAAGCUGGACGUCACGUUGAAAGACGCCGAGGACACCUACAGCUUCCCUCUUGCAUCCGCUGAAUCUGAUGCUGCUCUCACUGCCACCACAGAGAAGAUCGUCGAGGGACUGAAGACUGUCACAGAUAUGUCCGAUCAGCUGCGAGUUGCGACCCAAAAGAUCAACAUCUUCAACGCUCCUCAGCAGGGAGCGGUGAUCGCCAGCGGAUUUGCAACCAUCAUUCAGAAGGUUUCUGAGGGAAUCGUGAGGGUGGACCGAGUCACUUCAGGUCCGCUUCCGGAUGCUGAUGCCCAGCUCGUAGUGGACGCCCUGACGACAUUCGUGCAGGUCCACCAGGCGUUGCUGAAUGUGGUGAUUGGCAAGCACGGCAUUCUUACGAUGAUUCCGUUCUUCGAGCCCAUCAGAAUGUCUCUUGUGAGUCUGGAAGCUGUCAUCGACAGGUUGGCGUUCGACUUGAUUGCUCUUAUUCCUACUCAGAAAUCGUCGGCAACAAUCCAGUUCCAGAAGCUGGACGUCACGUUGAAAGACGCCGAGGACACCUACAGCUUCCCUCUUGCAUCCGCUGAAUCUGAUGCUGCUCUCACUGCCACCACAGAGAAGAUCGUCGAGGGACUGAAGACUGUCACAGAUAUGUCCGAUCAGCUGCGAGUUGCGACCCAAAAGAUCAACAUCUUCAACGCUCCUCAGCAGGGAGCGGUGAUCGCCAGCGGAUUUGCAACCAUCAUUCAGAAGGUUUCUGAGGGAAUCGUGAGGGUGGACCGAGUCACUUCAGGUCCGCUUCCGGAUGCUGAUGCCCAGCUCGUAGUGGACGCCCUGACGACAUUCGUGCAGGUCCACCAGGCGUUGCUGAAUGUGGUGAUUGGCAAGCACGGCAUUCUUACGAUGAUUCCGUUCUUCGAGCCCAUCAGAAUGUCUCUUGUGAGUCUGGAAGCUGUCAUCGACAGGUUGGCGUUCGACUUGAUUGCUCUUAUUCCUACUCAGAAAUCGUCGGCAACAAUCCAGUUCCAGAAGCUGGACGUCACGUUGAAAGACGCCGAGGACACCUACAGCUUCCCUCUUGCAUCCGCUGAAUCUGAUGCUGCUCUCACUGCCACCACAGAGAAGAUCGUCGAGGGACUGAAGACUGUCACAGAUAUGUCCGAUCAGCUGCGAGUUGCGACCCAAAAGAUCAACAUCUUCAACGCUCCUCAGCAGGGAGCGGUGAUCGCCAGCGGAUUUGCAACCAUCAUUCAGAAGGUUUCUGAGGGAAUCGUGAGGGUGGACCGAGUCACUUCAGGUCCGCUUCCGGAUGCUGAUGCCCAGCUCGUAGUGGACGCCCUGACGACAUUCGUGCAGGUCCACCAGGCGUUGCUGAAUGUGGUGAUUGGCAAGCACGGCAUUCUUACGAUGAUUCCGUUCUUCGAGCCCAUCAGAAUGUCUCUUGUGAGUCUGGAAGCUGUCAUCGACAGGUUGGCGUUCGACUUGAUUGCUCUUAUUCCUACUCAGAAAUCCUCAGCAACAAUUCAGUUCCAGAAGCUGGACGUCACGUUGAAAGACGCCGAGGACACCUACAGUUUCCCUCUUGCAUCAAAAACGGAUGCGCAGACAGAGAUUCUGAGAUAGGAAGUGAUUAAGAACGGAAUUAAAUCAUAUCUGGCAAUAUGGAGAGGAGAAUUGCCAUGUAGGAAUAGACGAUCUGAAUACCAGAUGUACGCAGGGGCAUUGUGCGGGUUCGCUUUCUGCGUUCUAUUAGGACUAACUCCGCAGUUUCGUGAUAGAUCUAUGAGUUAGAGCGAGGACUGGGAUUUUGUGAUCCAGUUCGCUGAUGUUUGUUUCUGCAAGGGCUUAUAUACAAUGGCGUGAACCGCAGAAUUGGUUGCCUUAAAGCCAAGCCUGAUGAUUGUACUUAUGGUGUAUAAGCUUUCAAAUUGACAGACAUGAAUAAAUUUCCAGGACUGCUUCCAUG